CACAGACCCAAAACCAGCACCAUUCUCCUUUCUCUUCCACCAUUUAUACCUUUCCCUCUUUAGCUAGAAGAAGCUGCUUCUUCUAGCAUCUGGCUACUUGAUUAGAAUUCUCUUUGUUUGCUUGUUUUUAGUACCUUUUGAUUUCUUAUCAUUCGGGCAUUAUGGUGGGAAUGGUGAAGAGAAAGUGGGCGGUGUGUGUUGUGGUGUUGGUCUUGAACUUGGGGUGGUGCAAUAUUGGGGCAAGAGCUGAGCCACAAGUGCCUUGCUACUUCAUCUUUGGGGAUUCUUUGGUUGAUAAUGGCAACAACAACCAGCUUCAGUCCUUGGCUAGAGCUGAUUACUUGCCUUAUGGGAUCGACUUCGGCGGACCAACCGGAAGAUUUUCCAAUGGGAAAACUAUUGUUGAUGUUGUUGCUGAGCUUUUGGGUUUUGAUGAUUACAUUCCACCCUAUGCAACUGCCAGAGACCAGCAGAUACUCAAAGGAGUGAACUUUGCAUCUGCAGCUGCUGGAAUUAGAGAGGAAACCGGACGCCAACUGGGAGGUCGGAUCACGUUUAGUGGUCAGGUAAGGAAUUACCAGAACACAGUUUCCCAAGUGGUUAACUUGCUAGGCGAUGAGGACACAGCUGCUAAUUAUCUGGGCAAAUGCAUGUACUCUAUUGGAUUAGGCAGCAAUGACUACCUUAACAACUAUUUCAUGCCCCAAUAUUACAACACCGGAAAUCAAUAUACCCCUGAGGAAUAUGCUACUUCUCUUAUUCAGGACUACAGCAAGCAACUUCAGAUUUUGUACAAUUAUGGUGCAAGGAAGGUUGUGUUGUUUGGAAUUGGUCAAGUAGGUUGCAGCCCAAGUGAAUUGGCUCAAAAUAGCCCAGAUGGCAAAACAUGCGUAGCAAAGAUAAACUCUGCAAACCAAAUCUUCAAUGGCAAGCUCAAGGCCCUUGCCAAUGAGUUCAACACUAACUUCCCAGAUGGAAGAUUUAUCUUCAUAGACUCCUACGCCAUUUUUGCGGACAUAGUAAACAGCCCGGCACAAUAUGGAUUUACGAAUAUAAAUACAGGAUGCUGUGGGGUGGGAAGGAACAAUGGCCAAAUCACAUGUCUGCCUUACCAAACUCCUUGUGCAAAUCGUGACGAGUAUCUGUUUUGGGAUGCAUUCCAUCCCACUGAAGCUGGAAAUGCUGUGGUUGCGAGGAGAUCAUACAAUGCUGUUCGUGCAUCUGAUGCAUACCCAGUUGAUAUAGCCAGCCUAGCUGCGCUCUAGUAUAAAUCAAACUACGUUGUUUCAGGCUUCUGGCUACCACUAUAUAUCUUGCAGCUGAAUCAUGAAGCAGAUUCAUGUUUGGUUCUUAAGAGUUUUGAACCGUCCAAAUUGUUAUGUAUGUUAAUGUUCAUGUUUAUUUGCAUUAAUCCAAAAUGAGUAUACCAAGA